UCCACGAGUCACAGGCAACAGUGACUUUCACGAGGAGGAUGAACCAGCUCUUCGAUUGCCUCAAUCUUCAGAGACCUGCUGAUGUUGCAAGUGCUGGGCCUGGGCAGCUGAAUGUCAUCAAGGACUGCACCCAGUGGCUAGAUGAAUGGGACGAUUAUGUAUGCACACUUGAACCGCAACAGCGAGUCUGCUUCCUAAGCAAGCCAACAUGUACUGCCCUAAGAAUCACUCUCCACAGUGUAAUUUCCCUGGUUGAGCAUUUGAGGGCAAGUGGCUACCGCUACGUCCUCACAGGGAAGCUAGGCCAAGACCCACUUGAGAAGUUCUUCGGAAUUGUGCGGCACGUAACUGGAGAUGGUGGCCGCCCCACUGUUGUACAGUUCCUGUACAUAUAUCGAAUGCUGUCGGUUGACAACAUUGUGAAGCCGCCAAAGAGAAGCAACGUUGAAGGGAAAGGACCUCAACUACUGUUAAAGCUCCAGACCCUCUUCGGUCGAAAGUCUGCGCCGCCAAGCUAUGUUGCUCAGCUAGAAAAGGAGCUUGAUGGUGUGCUGCUGGACCCAGCUGUUGUGCCAGAGGACUAUACAGCUGCUUGUCCUAAAGGAACACAAGAGUGCAUCCUCGAGUACCUCGGAGGAUACAUCACACACAAAUUCCGCGGAGAAACAUGCCCUGACUGUUUGGAGACACUGCAGGGAUCACAGGAAAAUGCCGACCCGCAUGACCUCAUAGCCGUGAAAUCUUGUGGUUUCCUCAGACGGCCUUCCCCACGCCUAAUGAAGCUCAUCAUGCUUGCGGAGGACAAUGUGGUAAAAUGCACAGCAAGAGAGACAAGCUCCAUCUACUCUGAAGUCAUCGAAGCAGCCCUUCUUGACGACAGGCUACCGGGCGCUAGCGUUGGAUGCAGUGCACACUACAUCCAGAAAACAGCUGAAGUGCUCCAUUUUUUUGUGAGAUGUCGGCUGCACUUCUUUUCUCGUGAAAAGAACAAGAAACUUAACCUGGCUGCUCCCAGAUCACGCCCUGCUGCAGGUGGCAGAAAAGACUCACCACUGACGAUGAACAGUGCAAACAAGUCUAGCCAUCCAAGGCCGUAAGGCAUUUAGUUAUUCCACGAGUUUCCCUGGAACAUUGUUUGUAAGGGGGAAAAAAACAGAAUAGGUCACCGGUAAUUUUGUGCGGAAAUGACGUCAGUGUCCUUGCUUCCAUGUCAAGCGCCUCACGGAUUCCGGUAGGCAAAGUGCUUUAUGAUCACUGCGUGUUCACUAUGAUCACUGAAGUCGGCCCUUUUCCCAUGAUUCUUAGAAAGUACUGUUGACCAACUCCCGUGAUAAAGUGGUUAGGAUGAUUGCCUUCCACACAGAGACUGGGAGGUGACACGUGUUCGAAUCCUGUCACCGGCUGUGCAGUCUAAGGUUUUCCCUGGGUUUUCCGAAGACUU